CGGAGCCCCGUGCCCGGCGGGGGCUCGGCGGGUGCCGGCCGCGGGGGGGGGCCGCGAUGCUCGGGGGGUUCCUCAUCCUGCUCGGCUUCAUCGCGCUGUGCGGGGCGCGGGGCGCAGGACCCCCCGAGGGGCAGCCCCAGGGGACACACAUCAGCCAGGACCUGGUGGGCCGCAGUCUGGUCAUUGACACACUGCUGGACAACGAGACUCGUAUUGUGGAGGACAAUCACAGCUACUACGUGUCCCGCACCUAUGGGCCGGGGGCUGCACGUCGCAUGGGGCUGUGGGUGGACAUGGCAGCAGCUGACAGCAGCCACGUGAAGGUCCAUGGGAUCCUCUCCAACACCCACCGUCAGGCCUCGAGGAUCGUCCUCUCCUUUGAUUUCCCCUUCUACGGGCAUCUCCUGAGGCAGGUGACGAUAGCAACUGGAGGUUUCAUCUUCAUGGGGGACGUCAUCCACCGCAUGCUGACGGCCACGCAGUACAUCGCCCCUCUCAUGGCCAACUUCAACCCCAGCUACUCCCGCAACUCCACCGUGCAGUACCUGGAUAAUGGCACGGUCUUUGUGGUGCAGUGGGACAAGGUCUACCUCCAAGGGAAGGAGGACGUGGGCAGCUUCACCUUCCAGGCUGCCCUGCACAGCAGCGGCAGGAUCGUCUUUGGGUACAAGGAGAUCCCAGUGCCCGUCCUGCAGAUCAGUGCUGCCCAGCACCCUGUCAAAGCCGGCUUGUCUGAUGCCUUUAUGGUCCUCAACCCAUCCCCAGAGGUACCUGAGUCGCGCCGUCGGACCAUCUACGAGUACCACCGUGUGGAGUUGGACACCAGCAAGAUCACCAACAUGUCUGCUGUGGAGUUCACCCCGCUGCCCACUUGUCUCCAGCACCGGAGCUGUGAGGUGUGUGUGAGCUCCACACUGACCUUCAACUGCAGCUGGUGCCACGUCCUGCAGAGGUGCUCCAGUGGCUUCGACCGGCACCGUGAGGAGUGGCUGUCCUAUGGCUGUGCCCAGCAGGCAGAUGCCAAGAGCUGUGAGGACUUAGCAGAGGAUGACCAGUACUCACCCCCCCCUGACGGCUCCUCCUCACCUCUGGAUGAGGACAUCACCACCCCCACGGCCUCACUCUUCAUUGACAGCCUCACUACAGAAGAUGACACAAAGCUCAACCAGCACGCAGGCAGUGAAGGUGUGGGAAGUGACCUUCCUUCCAAUGAAGUGGGUGCCCCAAUUCACACCGGGACCAUCGUGGGUAUCGUGCUGGCUGUGCUGCUCAUCGCCGCUAUCAUCCUCGCUGGGAUCUACAUCAACAGCCACCCCACCUCCAACGCUGCCCUGUUCUUUAUUGAGCGAAGGCCACAUCGUUGGCCUGCCAUGAAGUUCCGCAAUCACAGCAACCAUACGACGUACUCCGAGGUGGAGGCAGCCAGCCACGAGAAGGAAAGCUUUGUGGAAGCAGAGCAGUGCUGAGCACUUCUCCUCCUGCAUCUCCUACACCUCAAGCAUUGGAGUCUUCUGUUAUCCUAUUGCAAAGUCUUUCCCCUGUUGGAAAAGAAAGAGCAAUUAGAGGGGAAAAAAGACCCAAUGGAGCACUGACCUCUCCCAGCCAAGCACCAGCUUCUUUUCUCUGCUCUGGAAGAAAGGAAAACCUGUUUUAUUUUAAGAGCAAAACCCCUCUAAGGAUUCACCUUCAGAAGAGCCUCUUUGGUUCUGAGGAUCUUUCUGCCACCCAAUUAGUUUGCUCAGUUACAAGCUGUGACUAUUACCCUCAAGGAACCAGAGGCUGAAAGGGAAAAAGGGUUCCUUCAAUACAUCUUCAUGGCAUGGCCACACAGGAUGGGGACAGAGCUCUGCCAUGGUGACACCCAGAGGUAAAGCCAAGCUCACUCAAGGGAGCUUCCCAUAAUAAGUCAUGAAGGCAUUACGUGCCUCGAUAUCACUGCUUCAUUAACAUCCUUGAGUCAGUGCAUUUCCUAUGACUUCUUGCUGUGUCAGUGAUGGGGCCCUUGGUCUGCACUGAUACUCACACCGUGAUCCCAGAAUCCGACCCUCACUGAUGAGCUCAGGGCUGUUCUGUGCCAUCCAGCUCAUGGCAACCUGCAGAAAUACUUACCCUGCUUCCCAGUGCAGGAUUAGGCCCCAAACUGGGGAGAGGUGGCAUGAUAAAGAAUGAGAGAAAGCCAAAGUCCAAUGUCAGGUCAAGUUUCUUUCCUCCUACCAAAAGAAAAACAGCAUUAAUUAUAUGGGUUAUAUAUAUAUAUAUAUAUUCCUCCUUAUCUUUCAAUCCUCUGUUAUUUAUUCUGAUAUCAUCUUUGGAGCUUAUUUUAUCCACUGCCUGGUUCAGCUGCCACCGGUGGCGAUCGCUGCCAAAGGCAGGGUCUGUCUAAUUAAUGUUUUCCUUCUCAUCUGCUGAAUUUAUAUAGCCAUUAAAGAUAAAUAUGGAUGCUUUGUGGCAUUUAGACCCUAGAUUCUACUUCCUCAUACAUAGCCACUAGGGAGACUUUCGCUGCAUCUUAUUAUGGCAUAAAGGCAGCAAAUGCUUUUAUGGGGUAAGUCAGGCUGAAUCGUGCCAAGCUGUUACGACCCAGGCAGUCUCACUUUAGAUACACUUUGAAGACAAACCUUAUUUCCAAAUAAAGCUUCUGAUGGGAAGGUUGGUUGUUCCCCAUUUCCCUGAUGUAGAAAGAAUUCAGAUGAGUGCUGGCAUUUCUUUUUGCUCCAGGUGGUUAUAAGCUGGAUUUCCACCUUUUCAAACUAUGGCCUUAUUUCUAGUGAUUUUCCUAUUAUGCAUACAGAACAAGAAUGAGAUUUGCAGGCAUUCCUAAUCCCCCACAGCCUCUAAAACACCAGGUAACACCCAACACAUCUGAAACACCACGUGUUUAAAAGAAAAGAGACUUGAUAUAUACAGCGGAGCUGUAUAAAUCACUGCUGGAUUGGUUAUGCUGCAGCCAGAACCUUAACAGGGUUCCAAAGGGGUUCGGAUACUCAGGUGGAGAAAACCAACAUCCGAGUGCCAUUGCAUAGAAAUAAUUGAGAUACAUGGAGUACAUUGCAGGACAGAUGUCAAGUUCUGAGCGCCUGCAGUCAGAAAGGCUUUAUUUGUUUGCUUGGUUUUCCUCCUUAAAGCAAAGAACCGAAACCAAGCAGGCUGUGCUCUGUGUUGUCAGGUGUGGUGUGAACGGCUCACACCUCGGGGCACAGCAGAGAGGUUCUGCCUGCAGUCAUACCCUUAGGAGAGGGGUCGGGUCCUGGCAGGGAGCACUCAGCUCUGCUGUGCCACCCAUCCUUCCUUCCAUGAGCUCUGGGUCCUUGGAGCUCACACCUGGGAAGCCCAUGAAUCAGCAGGGAUCACUUUUUGCACGUGGAAGAGAUCAAAACCCAGCUGUAAUGUUGCUGUUGCCUAGAAGAAAGAGAGAAAUGUCUUUACCAGCACCAAGCACUGCUCAUCCUGCUGGAGCAGGGUGAGAUGUACCAGGCCCUGUGCAUCCCAUCCCUGCUCUGAGAUAGGGGUUAAUCCUGCCCUGAAGCAAGGAUACAUUGAGGACAACCAGGACAUUAAAAAGCAAAAUCAGAACCUUUUCAUCACGACUCCUCUCAAUAACUGAAGGCCUGCCUUCCACAUACUUGAAUUUACAGCACACUCGGACUCUUUAGGGGGACUGAAGGCACUUUAACUGUCUUUCAAUGCAAUGUAUUUACUGUGGAUUAUCUGCAUGGAAUAUAGUCUUAAUAUAAAAGAAGAAAAUCUUCCUUUUUGGAUGGCUUUGUUUUCAAUAUAAGGAUUACUGGUUCUGUUAAGGCAGACUUCGAGCCUGAAUUAUUUUUGUCUCGUGUGCCUUUAAAGGCUGCUGUAAGAAUACAAAGACCUUUUCCUUAAAGACAUCCUUUGGGUUUCAGUAAUAGCACAUCUUAUCAGGAGGUGUUCCCAGGACGUAGCGAGGAUAAAAAGGGCUGUAAUUGAGGUUUGAAUCAAGGCUGUAAUUUUCUUCUAAUUUUAUCUGCUCAACCUGUUGAGAACUGCGGGCUUUUCAGCUCAAACAAUGAGAUCUGCCCGUUCCAUUCGA